AUGCCAGACUCAAGCGCAACUUCGAGAAUGCAAUCAUCGCAUAUACGACAGCGAUUGCCGAGGAGAGCGAAGGCCAAUAAUAGUCCCUCGAUCGACGAUGCAACUGUCACCGGACCCGAGUUGACUGAAAGAAGUGUCAACAUACUCAAGCAUCGUGAAAGUAUGGCUGAGUCAAAUCUCUCACGCCGGGAUGUCAAACAAUUCGAGUUUGUCACGCUCACAAGCCAGCCCACCAUGAUUACCACUCGCCAAACGUCGAAGACAGUCAGGAAACAGGCUAUGAACGAUUAUCUUAGAAAACAAAAUCGGCAAGCAACGACCGGUAUCGUUGAAACUGUUGAGAGCGUUCAAUUGGAGGAACCUUCUCGGUACAAGGGCAAAUUCAAAUUAGAUACUUGGUCGCACAAGACGAAAACGAAAGCAAUCCUUGCCCGUCGCACAAAGUUGUCGCAUGAUGAAAGUCCUUCUGCUAACGAAGAGUCACUCCCAACGAUUGGAUCCUGGGCUCCUAGUUCACUCGCCCGUGUUACAGCAUGGCAGCCGAUCGAAAGGGACGAUCUACUUCCGCGAAUCUUCUCACCCAGUACCUCGUCCAUAGAUCCAUUCGAUACCCUAGCUAUCAGACUUGGUCCACUUAGCGAGAAUCUCCUUGUACAUUAUAACACGGAGUAUACCAUGAAUUCAGUAGCUAUCAACGCAGAAAGCAACUUCUUCUCCUUUGUCAAGACGGAUCCUGCUUUGUUUCACUCUAUACUCUACCUUGUUUCGCUGCAUCGUGACAUAUGGUAUGGUCUGGUUGACUCGCCAAUCUCUCUGUAUCAUGGAAGCGAGGCUUUCAGAAUUAUCAAUGAGAGACUUGAGAACAACUUUAUCUUCGAUGACGUUACAAUAGCUGCUGUGGCAAUGCUCAAUCUUAAUGGAAGAUAUGAUUUAUCCAAAAUGCACAUGCAAGGCCUCAAACAGAUGAUCCAGACUCGUGGUGGACCCCCAAGUCUCUCAGGCGUUUUUCGAAGGAUAGUCACAUGGUCCGACUUCUGCUUCGCAAAUGUUUGGAACAUACAACCUUCCUUCCCUCGCCUCCCCUCAACCCCACCAAACUCACCAACUUCAUCCCCUAGUCUUCGAAUUCUAGAAUCAGACCCAGAUUUAUACAUCCUUAAGCCCUCUCAUCUAUUCGGAAGCUCUUCGCCUAUCAUCCAAAUCAUCAACAAUUUCCGCACCCUCACACGCCUCCUCCCACCAAGCCAGACACCCUCUCUCCCCAAAUCGGUUAGAAUGCACGCAAGCAAUCUAAUUUACGAUACGGAAUACUCGCUCCUCGCACUCAACCCUCCAUCUUCUACCCCAGACUCCUUUUCGUUGGCGCUUUCGAAUUGUGGGUUUGUGUUCGAGUCUCUGCCGCUGAGAACGGCGCUUCAUUUGUACCUUUACCUAUCAAUCAGACUCAUCCCAACAAGCUCGGAGCUUGUUCAAUCAAUGUUAUUAAGAUUGAAAGAUUCUUUGGAACAGCUUGGGAUCGUAGAAUGGUGGGAGAGUGAUGAAGAGAGGAGAAUCUGGCUGCUUUGGAUAUUCUGGGUUGGCGCUGUGGCUGCGAAAAGCGAGGAGAGGUGGUGGUUCGUGAGUCAGGUUGGAAGAUUAUGUGCUGAGAUGAAUAUUUGGGAUGUCAAGCGGCUGAAGGAGACGUUAAGGAGAGCAGUGUGGGAGGAGGAGUGGUGUGGAAAUUUAGCUGAGAGGGUCUGGGAUGAUUUUAUUACGCAAACUGCAGAAGUUCAGACGUAUGCAGAGUAG